GUUUCCGGGUCGAGUCAGGCUGACCCGCGUUUUUUGAGUACAUGUACCGGUACUGUAUUAUGCAUUUUAUUGUAUGUGUGUCAUUAAGCUUUGUUAUCUUUUUGGAAACGUUUUCUACAAAGAGGUCACCCACUUAAUUUCGUGCAACUGAUCAAAUCCUGUGACUGCUGCUGCCAAGGAGCUGGACAAUUGAAGACAGUUGGUCCAGACCUUCAGCAGGUCCCUGGGAAGUCCUGGGGCUUGACGUCAUCGGACCAUUUGCUGAAAAAUAAGCUGGUAUGAAGUACUGUUUUACCAUGAUUGACCUGUUCAGCAAGUUUGUGUAUGCGGAACCCAUCCCAUCAAAGAAAGCAGUCGAGCGCGGCACGUGUCGUGUGCAACUUAAUCUGCCUGUUUGGCCCCUCAAGGCAGAUUAUCAGAUCAAGGUAGAGAGUUCAACAAUGAGGUGAGCUAAUGUCGACUUGUUUUCUUACUACUCUACCCAUUUAAAAACAUAAGUGUAAAGCUGUACAUUUCCAGUAUAAUUAAAAUUGUUUCACAUUUUUUUCUGCAGCUGAACAGCUUUUUCUUCCAAAGCCUCGGUAUCAAACAUUCUGUGGCCAGCCUUAGGCAAAUGGACAAAACAAACGCACAAAUCAGUCUGUCAAGAGAUGCUUGGCCAACUUUAAUGCAUAAAAUACAUGUGUGUCCUGCAGUGCACAGACAGCUUGGGAUUUAUUUGUCAAGCCUGUGGCGUACAGCAUCAACACCUCCAGCCAGCGUUCCACCAAACACACCCCUUACAAGGUGGAAGAAUGGACAACAAGAGUGAAAUUAUAAACAGGUUACGUAGGUCAUUUCAAUCUGGAAUCACGAUAUCGGAAGAGUUUCGUCGUGAGCAGCUUUCUAACCUAAGGUCGAUGAUCCAAGAGAAUGAGGAAAAGAUUUUGGAAGCAUUGAACAAGGAUCUCUGCAAGCCCAAAUUUGAGGCCAUUCUAGCCGAAGUUGAUUUGGUGAUCAAUGAGCUAUCGUAUGCCAUCGAUAACCUUCAAAGCUGGAUGCAGCCAGAGUAUGUCAGUAAGACUCUUGCCACAUCAUUUGAUGACUGUUUUGUGCGAAGAGAACCAUUAGGUGUGGUGCUUAUAAUUGGAACAUGGAAUUACCCCCUGCUACUUCUUAUCACACCAAUGGUUGGAGCCAUUGCAGCAGCAGGACAAAGAGAAAGGCAUUGGAGUAUUCAUAAGUGGCCUUCUACGAGCCUGGAUCUAAAUCCCAUUGAGCAUCUUUGGAAGGCACUAACCUACAACAACAUGAGAAACUGCGUGGUCAUCAAGCCCUCUGAGGUCAGUGCUGCUGUUGAUCUGUUGAUAGCGGAGCUCAUCCCCAAGUACCUGUCGCAGGACUGUUAUGCAGUUGUUAGUGGAGGAGAAGACGACAGCAAAGCACUUCUGCAGAAUCGCUUUGACCACAUCCUCUACACAGGUUCACAGGACGUGGCCCGCAGUAUAUUGCAGGCAGCCUCAGUGCACUUGACACCAGUGACAUUGGAGCUGGGUGGCAAGUGCCCAUGCCUCAUUUACGGAACAGUGGCUAUUGAAAUUGCUGCACGACGCUUAGUAUGGGCCAAGUUUUUCAAUGCAGGACAGAGCUGUGUUGCACCAGACUAUGUACUCUGCUCCAAAGAGACACGUGAUGCUCUGUUUCCUGCCUUGUGUGCCACACUGAAGGAAUUCUAUGGCAAGGACCCUCAGGCGUCACCAGAUUUGUGUCGGAUUGUAUCACAGCGACACUGGGUUCGUCUGACAGAACUUCUGAAGAAGACCAACGGCACAAUCAUAGUGGGAGGAGAAAGUGACCCUAAGGAGAAAUACAUUGCUCCCACAGUGGUGGAUGUUGCUGAAGAUGAUAUACUCAUGAAGAAGGAGAUCUUUGGCCCAAUUCUUCCUAUUGUGACAGUUGAGUCUCUGGAGAAAGCCAUUGACUUCGUCAAUAACAAAGAGAAGCCGUUGGCGCUCUACGUUUUUUCGAACGAAAGCUCUGUAGUAGACACAGUGAUGAAGAAAACGUCAAGUGGAGGAUUCUGCUCAAAUGAUGGGAUGAUCCAUAUGACGUUGCCAGGACUACCAUUUGGAGGUGUAGGAUCAAGUGGCUGGGGCUCUUACCAUGGUCGCUGGGGCUUUGAAACCUUCAGCCAUCGGCGGGGCUGCAUGCUGCGUGGUUGGGGUUUAGAGAAAUUGAACGGCCUACGCUACCCUCCCUACGGAGAUACUCGACUGAGCUGGCUGCGCUGGAGCGCUACAACCAAAAUGUGUUUACUUAUGUGAUGGCAGACAAUUUCCUGAGUUUGAAUUUAGAGAAAGGUGUGGAAAUACUGUACUACGGUUUGGCUCAAGAUAAGUUAAAAAGAAUUUAACUAUUGUUAAAAAAAAAAAAAAAAAAAGAAAAAAAGUUCUGUACAAUGAAAAACCUAAAAUCACAUGUUAAUAAACAAAUGAAAUUAACAGAACUCCUAUAGCAUAAUAUGACUCAAAUGAUAAAAUAAGGUGAACGCAAAACUGUAUCACUGCCAUGACGACUCAGUUGUUCGGAGUUUUAUCAAAAAUUGAUAAACUUUCACAUUUUGUGCCACAAUUGACCAAAGGCAAAAGUUCCAAACCCCUUUGCCUCUAUCAUGGCCAAGAUGAUCGCACGUGCACGCAGCGUGCUUCCGGGUUGUGCGCACGCACUCGCGCCCCCCCCCCCCCCCACUUUUGUGUUCAUUACACUGUGCGAGUCAUGUAUGUGUGUUAUUGACUGCUUUACAGGUAAUUUGCAUUGUUUAUUGCAUCAGCACUAAUUUUCUUUCCUUUCCGGACCACACAUAUCCCCACACAUUGCAGUCUUCUUUCACACACAGGCAUGAAAAUCUAUCACCUUUCGGCGAAAUUCGCCGUUUUGAAGUCAAAAAGGGCGACCUACGUGAAUUGCGUAGAUCCGAGAAGAAAUUCUUUUUGGGAGGGGGGGGGGGUCGGGAGGUUUUAUUAAAUUAUUAUUAUUAUUAUCAUCAUGUGAUUAACUUAGUACGUAAACUGAUCGGUUCUUUAAAAAAGUGACACGGACAGUCAGCAAAUCCUUCUAGAUGCUUCGCUGACGAGAACCAAUCAUCGGCCCAAGCUGCGGGCCAUUAUUCCAAACGCACGCACUCCUUACGUGAAACAAGGAGUGCUCGGCGAGCCUUUGGUUGCAUUGCAAAGCUGCGAAAACAAAAAAAGCAGGUCUUAUCCACACCGGGGCAGACCAGAGCGCAGCAUACACACUUGCCUGUAUUUGCCAGCAGAUUGAAUUUGGUGAGUAAUGGUUUCAAUCGUUUUCACAUUUUGCGAUAUAAAAAAGUUAAUGCCAUUCGUUGCAGCUUGCGUUGAACACUGCCAGAUCUCCCAUGAAAAAAAAUAGCUCCCGUUAAAUUGGCGUCAAGCUUGUGUAUUUAGCGGUAAUAUAAACGAAGAAACACACUGUUGAGUCAAAUUAAGCGGCAUGCUCUCGGAUUGAGGGGUCGCCUCGCAUCGCAUCGCUCCCGUCGUCCGCCUUAGACGCGUUAUUUUCGGCUGGGACUUGAGCUGACGGCCGAGUGGUGGGAAUGACAAUUGCUUCUUAAAGCUUUUCAGAAAUACAGGGAUCCCUCGUUUUUCGCGGUUAAUGGGGACCAGAACCCGCCGCAAUAAGUGAAAACCACGAAGUAGCGCCCCCCAUUUUUGUGUGUGUGUUCAAUGUAUUUAUUCAGAUUUUACAUUGGAAAAAAGAUACAUAUAUAUAAGACAUGUUUUUUCACUUUUUUCACCAAAGUAUCAUUUAUAAAUGGUUUUCAAGCACUUCAAAAUGUAAGAAUUAUUCAUAAGUUUUAAACAUGUUACUGCCCCACCGAAUUAUUUUUAAACAAGAAUAAAGUA